AUGGGCUGGUACCAGAAUCAGGACAACUAUCAUCGUCCAACAUUCCUCGGCGCCAGUCUCUUGACGGCGAUACUAUGCAGCGUCUACCCGGUCAUGUGCUUUCAGAACUACAGCGGCAAACACAAAGCAAAGAUGAAGCAGAAGGCGAGCGAGACAUCGUUCCCAUUCUCCCAGCAGAGUGGCACAUACACCUCACUGCCACCGCCGACCCCGGCAUCAUUCAUCCUCGAGAGUCCCAUCGAGGAUACCAGUGUUCCGCGACGGCAAACUUUACAGAUACCGGGAUGCGGAGGAGGGGGAGAUGAGUUCGAGUUCGAGUGGCCGGCGCCAUCAUACCCACGACCAAGACAUCGAUCGCGAACGCCGCCACCGCCAUCACGGGCAUCCACCUCCGAGGCGCUAUCACCACAGUUCAUAGGGGGGCGUGCUGGGUCCGAUGCCGACUCAUUGACUCGCACCCCAACACCAGACUCGAUUCGAAGCUAUCAAUUCGGCCAAGUGGCGUCGAAUGUAGCCGCGAUACGAACAUUACUUUGCACCGGCUCACGUACGGCAAGCCAGGCCAACCUAUUGCCUGUCCGCUCAUCAUCCUGGAAAGAGUCGAUUCAAGAAUCGAUCAAAGAGUCGGUCAAAGAAUCGAUACCCAAGACUCCCGCUUCUGAGAAGUCGAGCAUGACAUUCUCGACAAUCGCAUCCAAAGCAUCCGAUGCCAGCAGUUUCGCAUACGCAAUACGAAAUCGUCGUCCCGACUUACGGCUCCUCAAAAAGAAGAAUCAGCCAUCACAGCACCUUCUUCAGAGACCUUCCAUUCUUAAGCCUGGGAAGAGCCUGCGAUCACCUUCUUUCUACGAACCUAAAGUGGCCGAGGACACCGGAGUGAUUGAAUCCACUACUGUCGACAUAUUCCAGAGCACGCAACCAUCAAAGGCCAUGGCUCUCAAGCUUCCUGACCUGCAGCGCACUGCGUCUGCUCCCAUCAAACCCUUCCGCAAGGCGACCACGUUUGUUGUUCCGAGUAUUUUCAAGACGAUGACUGCCACCGACAAUGGGCCCCCUUUUGAGAACGCAGAUCAAUCACCAUCACGCUCUCUCUCUGCGCAAGAGUUGCAGUCAGCCCCUGACGUCUCGGUUCCUCCUGCGCGACGCCCCGGUGCUGCUCCACGACAGAUACGGUUCGAGAGUCCUAGACUGAUCGAGUCUCCGGCUGAAAACACCGCCCGACCCACACCCGUUUUUCUGGCCAGCUCUGGCUCGCAAACACCCAGUCUGCACCAUUCACGGCACCACCAUCACCAUGAGUAUCUUCACAAGCAGCACUAUCACGCGAUGACGCCCCCCGAAAGGGAACCCAGCAUCGGCGGGCUGAAGUCCUUCCAUCAUGGCGAUUCAUAUUUCUCCACUUUUCCACCAGAUGCCAUGCUCACGAAAGAGUUCGUGCCUGUGCGGACACCGGCGGUAGAAGAGCCCUCCAAGAAGACACGAAGGUUGUCUCGGAAACAGUCAGAGCUUGAGCUUCUACCACAUCCGGUUCCCAGCCAACCUUUUGUGACAGGUCAUGUGAAGAUGCCGAGCGACUCUACUGUAACCAGUACCAAGGCCAGGCGAGCAAGUGGUCUGUUCAAGAUAUUCCGCAAAAAUGCCUUCAACGACAGGAUCUUCGAUGAGGCUGGCGCUCCCCCUACGACUCCCAAUGUCCAGCAAGCCAGUCCGGCAAGUUCAACGCCAGUCUUCACAGUGAGCAGUCCAGAAGGCACAGUGGAUCGACGGAGACUGUCAAGCAUUGUGCCUGAGCAUCUACCGAUACCUCCCUACUUUGCUCGAUCGUCGUCGAGACAGACUCAGAGUGACGGCUACCCUACACCGACACCAGGUGCCUCUCCUCUCGCAACAAUCGACGACGAAGCCCCCACUCCUGCCAGCGACUCUCAGGUUCGACGACGCAUGAACAACAGAUCAUCUUCAGAGCAGCUCUCCCCCAUGUCGACUCCGCGGUCCAGGGCGAAAGCUAGACAUCGGCAUACGUUGGAGAAUUUACACGACGAUCCCGAGGGCCAGCCUGUCCACUUCCCAAACAUGGCAUUGUCGAAGGUGUCAGAUCAUGAGCCCACUAUAGAUGAGAUUCAAGUAGUCGACUUCGCUGGAAGACGCCAGAAGCCGCCUUCAUCAAUGAGCCGGAGCUCCAUGAGAUCGGUAUCACCAAGCCAUGCCGCUCCUCCAUCGUCAACAGUCGAAUCGGAGCCUGUGCCAUUGCAAAAGUCGAACAGCGGAUUCAAGAACUUUGUCCUUGGCGUACGUAGAGUCUCUCUGGCAGUGGUAGAUAAGCUGGCCAGAGAUGACGAAGAAUCCCCAGAGGCUCGCACAGACACCCGAUGCAACUCCUUGCCGCGUAAUUCUCUGACCAUAAUCAAACCUCGACCGCCGCUGCGCAUAAAAGGCUCAAAGUCUUCCGGGUCGUUACUGUGGAUCCAGCGAACGCGAUCGUCGCGGAUGUCAAGGGUCAAGGAGGAAUCAGAGGAGCCGACGGCAGAGGAGCUCCAAGCUGCUCGACGUGAGCGACUCGCUUCAGCCGACCUGCUGGUGAUCAACUUCCAGCAAACACCGUUCAUGCAGCGGUACUACGAUAGCAAGCGAGCGCAUCUGCACCAUGUUCGCUCACUAGUCGAAGAAGGCAUGGAUGAUGACGACCUGGACGGGGACGAGGAGAUCCAAUUGGGUCACGAGCAUAACGUGCCGGACCAUCUCCCCAACUCGCCCCUUUGCCCCCUCCACCACAAGCACAAAAGUGGAGGCAAGGCGAUCUGCCCGCUCCACGGACGCUACAAGAAAAGCGAGCUUGGGACUGCUGUCAAAGUCGGUCCUGCUAGAAGCAGAAGGAUGGUCCACUACCACCAGCCCGGGCCGCUGGUCCAAGCCCCUCGCCAGCCAGUCCCCGAACGACAGAGAUCGCAGCCGUUGGCGAGGAAUCAAAUCGAGAUUGUUUUCGACACGCAGGAAGAUGCAAAUAGAGCAGCCAGAAGAUCGCAGAGUAUGGGACAGGUGAACGAGCAGUCGCGCACGCACAGUAUGGGCAGUACUGACGGGGCGUGGCACUCGCCUGCUGCUUCGAAUGAGAAUAUGAAAGGUGAGGUUGCAGAGGACCGUCUUGCGGAGGACCGUCAUGCGGAGGUACUGGAGCCGAGCGAGGCUCCUAUUUGGGAUGUGCAUGUGUUUGAGAAGCUGGACUCACGAGGGCGGAAGACGUACAGGGAUGCUUGUGGGUCGGACAGGCGGAGACGGCGGGUUCUGAUGCGUCGUCGGUGA